AUGCCCACCACAGCUCCAGAGAAACCAAGACAGGGCAACUCCAGCAAAUCGUUCUUUGGCAGAAAAUUAUACAAGGAGAGGCAAACAGAUGACGGAUAUGCAGUCUCGUUGAAUUCGACAAACGCGGAAACACAGUCAAUCACAGGCAGUCUAGCUGGGUCUCGCAGUUCGCGAUAUUCGACAAGAGGCUCUAUCGGUUCAUUUGACGCGGACGAAUCCAAUGCCGCCGCUGUCGCCGCUCUGAAUUCGAACGCUGGCAUAAUCACAUCAAUACCUUUUGAUAAUAUGCCCUCAGACUCCAGAACUCCCAUACCCGUUGACUAUUUACCAAAACAAGAAUCAAGCGCUCGUCGAGAGCCCUCUCCCAAUCAUCUUGCAAAGUCCAACGCCGAUUAUCACCAGUAUCCAGCCUGGGACUCAAAAUCUACAUCCUCACACAACUCCGUUACGCCCUCGGUCAGCGCUCCUCGGCCGCCGCCGCACGCCUCGAAUUUGACAAUGACGAGCAGUUCAACAGGAGACCGCGGCACUAGGUACCAACAAUGGGGGAGACCCGGUAGCUCCGCAGCAAAUAAUGGCUUUACCUUUGCCUCUGGCAGUUACGCUUCAGGAGACUCGUCUUCCGCUUCAAGAAUCUCGCUCGAUCAGACCAGCAUACAUUCCUCUCAGUCAUCAUCCGCCACACGAACCUCAUAUUUCUCCGACAGCAAUUCCUCCCGCACCCUCACCACCUCAUAUUCCGGGGGCGAUCGCAGUGGCAGUCGCUAUUCAAACGCCCAAGGAUCUUGGCCAUCUCAAAAUGCCGUCACCCCCUCUCCAUCAAUAUCGUCUGUAGCGUCUGCAGAUUAUCUGUCGCGGCCAAAGGACGAUCGCAUGGUCGACCAGCUUUUUCUCGAAUUAAUGCAAAAACGAGGUUGGCAGAACUUACCGGAACAAGCCAAAAGACAGAUGCUUGCAUAUCCUGCCUCUAAAAAAUGGACCCUUGUUCAUCAAGAUCGAUUGACCGAGCUUCAAGGAGAGCAGAAGCGACGCCACAAUGCCCGGCUCACUCACGGCUACGACAGUGGCUCUCAUUCAGUCAUUGGUAGAGCCGAUGAGGAGGGAAGCCCGGAGUGGUAUGUUAAAAAAGUGAUGGAUGAUACGAUCACUUCGAAACAACUGGGCAGUUUGAGUGUCAGUCUGCGGACGCAGCCCAUCAGCUGGGUCAAAGCUUUUGUUGAAGCUCAAGGUCAGGUAGCUCUAACAAAUGUGUUACUAAAAAUCAAUCGCCGCAAGACUGCUGGACCAGGGCCUGUGGUCUCAGGCGCCGACAAAGAUCUUGAACGUGAAUACGACAUUACCAAAUGUUUGAAGGCUUUGAUGAACAACAAAUAUGGCGCCGACGAUGCUCUUGCACACCAACAAGUUAUUGUUGCGCUGGUCAGCUCACUUCUGUCGCCUCGACUGCAAACUCGAAGGAUUGUCAGCGAUGUACUCACUUUUCUCUGCCAUUGGGGCGAUGGUCAAGGCCAUCAAAAAGUGUUGCAAGCAAUGGAUCAUGUCAAGAACCAUAAUGGGGAAACAGGUCGAUUUGAUGCCUGGAUGCGUAUCGUUGAGGUGACUAUCGACGGCCGCGGCAAGAUGGGCAGUUUGGUCGGCGCAAGUGAAGAGUUUCGCAGCGGAGGUGUAGGCAUGGAGAAUCAGCUUAUGGAAUACGCCCUUGCGACGAUGAUGAUGAUCAACAUGCUUGUAGAUGCGCCGCAAUACGAUCUGCAAUUACGAUGUCACAUCCGGGCUCAGUUCAUCUCGUGUGGUAUCAAGCGUCUAUUGACGAAGAUGGAGGGUUUUCAAUACGAGAUCAUAGACAAACAGAUUGAGCGAUUCCGAGAAAAUGAGGCCAUCGACUACGAAGACCUGUUGCAACGUGAAGCUAGUAGCGCCAAAGACAGUGCUGAAGGGGAAGUCAAGGACAUGAGCGAUCCUGCGCAGAUUACUGACGCAAUCAACAUGAAGCUACGAGGGACACGAGCCGGAGAUUACUUUCUCUCUGCAAUGCAGCAUAUGCUUCUUAUACGGGAGAAUUCUGCAGGCGAUGAUGGACUGCGUAUGUUUCAAUUGGUCGAAGCCAUGCUUAGCUACGUUGCUAUGGAUCGGCGGUUGCCAGAUCUGGACCUACGCCAGGGCUUGACGUUCACAGUGCAAAACUUGCUGGAUAAGUUGCAUACAGACGCCGAGGCUAGACAUGCAUACGAUGAAUCUUUGGAGGCUCGCCAGGUCGCAGAAGCCGCCAUUGCUGAGCGCGAUGAAAUGAAGGCACAGAUCGAACUCGGAGCGGACGGUCUAGUCAAGAAGUUACAAAAGCAGAUUGAGGAACAAGCCGGUGUUCUUGAAUUGCAACGCCGCCAAAAUGAGUCUCUCAAAUCUGAGCUCAAUGAUGUUCACCGUCUUCGAGCACAAGAAUUGCAGCGAAAUGAGCUGGAGACUCGUGAAUUGUACCUCAUGCUUCGUGAUGCGCAAGAUAUUGCUGCUUCGAAUGCGAAGAAACAAGCAGCCGAAAACAAACUUGGUGAAACUGAUCCAACUCAAAUGAGAGGCAUCCUUGAUCGCGAGAGACUACUUGAAAGGCUUGAGCGUCAACUCGAACGGACAAAGACUCAAUUCAAACUAGAAGGCAAGGUCUGGAAUCAAGAUGGUCCGUCAGACCGUCUGCGUGAGCUUCGUGAGCAAAUGGAAGGUGCUCUUGCGCAGCCAGAAGAAGAAUUUGAAAAGAAGACUCGGCAAACCCUAACAAACAGCACCUUUGGAUCUGUCACACGCAAGAAGGUUCCUUCGACUGAACAAGGGGCACAACCCCUACCCGAAGUCAGCGAGACGGAAGAGGUGGUUGAGGAGAAGGAGAAGGUCACACUAGAGACCUACGAACGACCACGCAUGAACCCAAUGCAAGCCACCGGCCUAUUGGGAGAGAUUGCCGCCAAGGUUCGCAAAUACGACUCAGAUGAAGAAGCCGGGGGCUCGAAAGCAGAAGAAAAGGCCGAAGCUGAAGCUGCUGAGAAAGAGGCMGACGUCAAAGAUGAGCCUGCGAAMCCCACUGCUGUGCCACCGCCUCCCCCUCCCCCUCCUCCUCCUCCACCUCCGCCGCCAAUGUCUGGAGCUAUUCCCCCUCCGCCGCCACCUCCUCCACCAAUGUCAGCUGGCGGUAUCCCUCCGCCGCCGCCGCCGCCUCCUCCCCCUCCUCCUUUUGGCAUAUCUGGUGGUACACCUCCACCCUACUNUGGCUGGGGGUAUACCUCCACCUCCCCCUCCACCCCCAAUGUCUCCCGACCUAAGAAGAAACUUAAGGCUCUUCAUUGGGAUAAAAUUGACACUCCUCAAGUCACAGUAUGGGCCAGUCAUGCCCCGACAAACGAAGCCAAGGAAGAAAAGUACACCGAUUUGGCAAAGAAGGGUGUUCUUGACGAAGUGGAGCGGUUGUUCAUGGCUAAAGAGACAAAGAUUCUAGGUGGUGGAAACGCGGCACAAAAACGAAAAGACAAGAAGCAGAUCAUUUCCAACGAACUUUCCAAAACCUUCCAGGUCGCGUUGGCCAAGUUUUCGCAAACACCGGUAGAUGAAUUGGUCCGGAUGAUCAUUCAUUGCGAUAAGGAGAUCAUGGAGAAUGAUGUCGUUAUGGACUUCUUGCAGCGAGACGAUCUUUGUAAUAUUGCCGAAAAUACCGCCAAACUUAUGGCACCAUAUAGCAAGGACUGGACGGUUGCCGACGCCGCAACAGCUGAGAGAGAACAAGAUAUCAACGAACUCACUCGAGAAGAUCAAAUUUAUUUGCAAACAGCUUAUGAAUUGAAUCAUUAUUGGAAGUCUAGGAUGCGUGCGUUGGCACUGACGAGAAGCUACGAGGCUGACUACGAUCAUAUAUCAACCAAGAUCCAGGAGGUGUCUAAAGUGUGCGACUCUCUCCGUGAUUCUGUAUCACUCAUGAACGUUUUGGGAUUGAUCCUGGAUAUUGGUAAUUUCAUGAAUGAUGCCAAUAAGCAGGCACAAGGUUUCAAGCUCGGUUCUCUUGCACGAUUGGGUAUGGUCAAAGACGACAAGAACGAAACCACAUUUGCGGAUUUGGUUGAACGUAUCGUGCGUAAUCAAUAUCCCGAAUGGGAAGGAUUCCAGGAUGAGAUCGGAGGCGUGGCUGGCGUACACAAACUCAAUAUCGACAAUCUUCGUCAGGAUGCCGUGAAAUACAUCAACACCAUCAAGAACGUGCAAUCAAGUCUCGACUCAGGCAACUUGAGUGAUCCCAAGAAGUUUCACCCUCAGGAUCGCGUCAGUCAGGUGGUCCAACGAAGUAUGAAAGAAGCCAGGCGGAAGGCGGAGCAGAUGCAGGUAUUCCUUGAUGAUUUGGCCAAGACGUUUGAUGAUAUUAUGACAUUCUAUGGUGAGGACAACACGGAUGAGAACUCGCGUCGUGACUUCUUCGGCAAGCUUGCUUCUUUCUUGCAAGAAUGGAAGAAAUCCAAGGAGAAGAACAUAGCGUUGGAAGAGAACCGAAGACGAAUCGAAUCGUCUUUGGCACGCAAGCGAGUCAAUCCUACAAUGGCCAACGGUGGCGCCACCGAAAGCCCCGUAUCACCAACAUCAAGCGGCGCAAUGGACUCUUUACUAGAGAAGCUGCGUGCAGCGGCACCACAAGCCAAAGAUCAACGCGACAGACGUCGACGAGCACGACUAAAAGAACGACACCAAGUUCGAGUAGCAUCAGGACAGCGAAUACCCAGCCUCGUUGGCGCAGAAGCCGACGACGGAGAGGGUGCAUCUAUGAUAUCCACCGCCGACGCAACCGACCAUCUCGCACCCCAGGAGGACGCCAAAUCAACAAAUGGCGCUGAAUCUGUAUCCGAAGGAGAAGACAUCGCCGACCGAGCCGCCAAUCUUUUGCAGGGCCUACGCAGCAACAACACAGACACAGACGAAGAGCGCACACGCAGACGCAGAGAAAGCGCCGAGGACGAACGACGAGCGCGCAGAAUGCGCAUGCGAUCUCGCAACGCGGCGACGAACGGUAGCAAAGACAGCGCGGAUGGACUUGUCCUUCCUUCGUUGAGGGAGACCUCCGCUGCUCCUGAGGAAGAUCUCCAGUCUCCUGCUUCAUCACAMCCCACMCCAGCCAUAGUGGUAUCGUCCGAAUCAGGCGAUCAAACCACUACCGAUAAUAAUAAUGAUAAUAGUAAUCACCACCAACAAGAAGAAGAAGAAAAAGAGCUCGUGAUGGAUGGCUCAUCCCCGGACAGACCGGUGGAAAUAUCCGAUUGA